AUGAGGUGGUGGAGGUGGAGGAAGAGGUGGCCGGAGGAUGUGACCCGGGCCGCCGGCAGCGGGGUGCCCGCCGCGGCGGUGGGCAUACCUAAACACAGCACUGUGGUGGAGAGGCUGAGGCAGCGGAUAGAGGGCUGCCGGAGACACCACGUAAACUGCGAGAACAGGUACCAGCAAGCCCAUGCCGAGCAGCUGGAGAUAGAGCGGAGGGAGACGGUCAGCUUGUACCAGCGAAGUCUGGAGCAGAGGGCCAAGAAGUCCGGCGGCAGCGGCAGCAGCAAACACCCGCAGAGCAAGCAGCCGGACCCGGACUCUGCCUCAUCCACGGAGCAGAGGAACAACACGCUCAUAGCGCUCCAGGAGACUGUAAAAAGGAAACUGGAUAGUGCACGAUCACCCCUCAAUGGAGACCAGAAUGGCAUCUGUGACGGAGGCAGCUACUCACCAACUACCAAACGGGUACGGAAGGAGGGCUCCGGUAGUUUGGACACACUGACUGCUCUGCCCAACAACAACAAUAACAACAACGUACCACCCAUUUCUCCACUGCAUCACCAAAUAGACAUUAAGCCUUUGCUCGGUGGGCCCAACACUUCCACUGGAAACAACACUACCAACAGCAACGGCAACCACAUAGGUCAGGCAUCAGAUGAGCUGGGGAAGAAUGGCAGCCAUCUCCCUGACAUGAAGCUUAAUGGCUCACUGGACUUGGAGGACAGCUUUGGCCUCCUCAAAGACCUGAAACAGGAGCCAUUGGAUGAUGGAGCUGGGAUGGAGUCCUCCGAUCCCCAGUCUCUGUCCAAUCAGAACAAACUGUUCUCUGACAUCAACCUCAAUGAUCAGGAGUGGCAGGAGCUGAUCGAUGAGCUGGCUAACACUGUGCCAGAGGACGAUAUGCACGACCUCUUCAAUGAGGACUUUGAGGACAAGAAAGAAGCAGAUUUUGGCAGGCCAGCUAACAAUCAGACACCGGGCCCACAGGAAACAGCUGGGAAUACGACGACACCUGGAGGGGGCGCACCGACAGCAGCAGCACUGCCCCCUCCUCCUCAGCCUCCACAGGGAGGCCCACGGGUUCCCAUGGGCUCACCACAGGUGCGACCAUCAUCGUCUGGCCCUCAGUUUGCCACCACUGCCAAUGGAACGCCUCCUCAGCAACCUUUGCAGCAAUCUCCAGCCGUUGCCAUGGCAUCAGGUUCACCACUGCACAACUGCGUGGCUCGCUCUCCACAGACCCCAACCCAGGCUCAGACACAAACAGUCUCUAGGCCUGGGAAUGGAUACAUGAUGAACCCAGGCCCAGGUGUCAGUCAGGCAGGGACAGGAUCCGGAGCACCUGGCAUUGCCCCUGGAGGUCAGCCUGUAGGGCCACUGACGCCUGAGCUUUCUCCAGCAGAGCAGCUAAAAGCAAUGGCUCAGCAACGUGCUAAACUGCUGCAGCAGAAGCAACAACAGCAACAAGCAGCUAAUUGGUCCCCUGCUGGCGCUCCAACCAGUCCGUAUAACUCCGGUCCCUUUAACCAGGAAAAACCUAACAGUCCCAUGAUGUACCCACCACAAGCCUUUAACACACCACAGGGCCCUCUAGUGGCUGGGAUGGCCCCCAACAAUGGGCCCAAAGCCCCCAUGAACAACUACCUCCCUCACAACCACAUGGUUAUGAUGGGCCAGCAGCCGCCAAACAGCAUCAACCAGAAUCCCCUGCCCAAACAGCAGCAGCAACAGCAGCAGCAAACGGCAGCCAUGUUGUCCUAUAACAACACCAAACCACUGAGUCACUUCAGUGGCAGCGGGGUGGAUCACAUAGGCCAGAGGGUAACCCCACCUAUGGGACUGAAUAAUCAGGUUAAGAACCCCAUGAUUCCUCCCUACAUGGGUGGUGGAGGAGGCGGGGGCCAGGGGGUGGGGCCAGGGCAAACCCAGGGCCCGAUCCCAGGACAGACAGCCCACCUGAGUGAGGAGCAGAAGAGGAUGCUGCUGAUGAAGCAGAAAGUGUUGAACCAGAACAUGCCCUACAGCACCAUGCAGCCUCAUGGACAGGAUCAAGGUGUGGUGGGAAUGUCACGACCACCGGGCGCCAUUCCUCCUCCUCACCCCACUGGGGGCGUGGCCACAGGGGUGGGCCCCAAUCAGGGGUCCGGUCCACCUCCGGGCUACGUGGGGAACCAGCAGCAGGCAGCCAUGAUGAAACAGAUGAUGGCACUGGAGCAGGAGAAGAGGGUGCAGAUACACAUGAUGGAGCAGCAGAAACAGCAGCUCUUCAGAGAGCAGAGACAGCAGCAGCAGCAACUACUGGCUGAGCAGCUCCAACAGCAGCAGCAUCUCCCCAGACAGAUGAGCCAGGGCCAGAGGAACCCAUACCCCCAAGUCAAUCAGUACCAAAGUCCUCCUCAGGAUUUGGCAUCCAGGAGCCAGGCCCUCCAUAACAUUCGGGCCACCCAUCUUUUACAACAGCAGCAGCAGAACCAGCAGCAGAUGGUCCAGAUGAAUUCUGUACAGGGCCAGGGGGGCGCUGUUUGUCCCCAAACUGACAUAGGACUACCCUAUGGCAACCAGGGGUCAAACCAGGGUUCCCUUUACGGACUCAACUCCUCCAUGAGCCAAAUGAUGCACCAGCAGCAGCACCAGAGCCAAAGCGUCCAAACCUCCAUGGGUCUUCCACCACAGCACAACCCCACACAGCAGGCAGGUGCGGGUCCUGGAAUUGCAGGUAUGCCUGGAGGCCCCGGAGGUGGUGGGGCUGGAGGAUACGGGGGACCAGGGAUGUUAAUGAACUCCAUGAGCCAGCAACCCCUCAAAGGCCCUCCCAAUGCCAAAGCCCAGGCACAGAGACUGCAAAGCAUGCUGGGAGCAGGAGGAGGUGCCGGGGGAAUGGCAGCAGGAAGUUGGACACAGCAGCAAGGACAGAGUUUGCAGGCUAUGGGGGGAGGAGUUGGAAGGACUACAGGAGGAGGAGGAGGAGAUAUGGUGGGGUUCACCUCGGCCCAGGGUUAUGGGAUGCAGCCGGGUCAACCCUCGCGCAUGACCAAGCAACACUUUCAGGGCCCAGGUCAGAGCAUGAGCCAGGGGAUGAACCAGGGGAUGGACCCCAGGGUGGGCAACCCAGCAGCAGGUAUUGGCAGCCCUAUGAUGGGGCCUCACAUGGGUGGUCAGCCCAGGACCAACCAGCCCCGGCCCAUGGUCAUGAACCAAGGGAUGAACCAGGGGGUGAUGGGCCAGGGGAUGACUGGGAUGGGGGGUUUUGGGCCAGGCCCUGGGGGGCCAGGAAUUGGGGCAGCGGGAGGAGGAGGAGGUGGACACUACGGACCAGGGGGAGUCGGGGUUGGAGGUCAGCCACAGGGCUACCAGAGGACAGCCAAUCAAGACAUGUCAUCUUAUGGUUAUGGGGGCGGGCCCUCAGGUGGAGGAACCUUCGGACUGGGCGAUGGCUCAGGGGUAGAGCUGGACUCAAGCGAUGGUUGGAUGGAGGAGUUUUUCCCAAGCCAAUAG